GAGCCCCCGAAGGCAUGACUGAGGGUGUCCUGGGUGUCAGCGUGGAGGAGUACCGCCUCAACAUCAGCAUCAGGCUGGAGGCUGCGAGGGCCAGUGUUGCCAGCACCAUCAGCCUGGAGCACACCUUCCCCCAGCUCUGGGUGCUGCCAGGGGAACUGGUGCUGCAGACUGCAUACAGGCGCACUCGAGGCGCCCGUGAGCUGCGCCAGACGCUGCUGUGGGAUGGCCGGGAGGUGGCCCUCAGUGGGAGCCUCUCAGGACUCUUCCUCAAGCCCCCUGGAAACCUCAGCCUGCAGGGUGUGGAGGCGGCAGCUGAGAGGGUCAUCACCGACACACUUGGCAUGCCGCCGCUGGGCACCUCCUUGAUUUGUGAGCUCUGGCCUGUGGGAUCCAACAGGAAACAAGUGGGCCCCAGGCUGUGCCCUAGGGGGAGUGGGCUGGGCAGUGACCCUGAUGUGGCUUCCUGCAGCAGCCUCUGCCAGGAAGUAUGA